ACGAUGAGGUCCACGACCAAACUGAAAUUCCCCUAGCCAUCCUCACUCAUUCUCCACUUAACCUCUACAUACAUUGUACAGAGGUAUCCUGGUAAAGCACGAAAUAAAAAAGGCGCUUGGAAGCUGGAAAGAUACGUUGUCUGUCCGCAAUCGGAGGACGCGAUUCUUCAAGUGGUUAUUUUGGCAUAAGAUCAGACCCUCUCCAUCACCAUGUCAGUGAAGACGGAUGGGAAGAGGAAGUGGGCGGCGGUGAGGGGCCAUCUGGGCUCCUCCCAGGACUCAGACACCCAGCUGGAGGCCAACCUGGAGAGUGCCGACCCAGAGCUGUGCAUCCGCAUGCUCCAGGUGCCCAGUGUGGUCAACUACUCUGGGCUGAAGCGUCGUCUGGAGGGCAGCGAGGAGUCCUGGAUGGUCCAGUUCCUGGAGCUGAGUGGGCUGGACCUGCUGCUGGAGGCCCUGGACAGGCUAUCUGGGAGGGGCUGCUCCCGCAUCACAGAUGCCCUGCUGCAGCUUACCUGUGUCAGCUGUGUCCGGGCCGUCAUGAACUCCUCGGCUGGGAUCCACUUUAUCGUGGAGAAUGAGGGCUAUAUCCGCAAACUCUCCCAAGCCUUGGACACGUCCAAUACCAUGGUGAAGAAGCAGGUGUUUGAGCUGCUUGCUGCCCUGAGCAUGUUCUCCUCUGAUGGGUACCGUCUGGCCCUGGAUGCCCUGGACCAUUACAAGGGUGUGAAGACCCAGCUGUAUCGCUUCAGUGUGAUCAUGAACGAGCUGCAGGCCACAGACAACAUGCCCUACAUGGUCACCCUCCUCAGUGUCAUCAACGCCAUCAUCUUUGGGACAGACAACCUGCAACAGAGAGACAAGAUCCGCAAGGAAUUUAUUGGAUUACAAUUACUUGAUAUACUGCCCAAAUUUAGGUGA